AUGUCGCGAGUCGCGACCUACCAAUCUAUGUCGCGACAUGAUGUCGCGACUUACCUGCUACUUAAAUUGACGGGCUCGUUUCUUUUGUGCAGGAAUACCCUCUUUCUCUCGCAAUACCCUAUCACUCUCGCGACCGACGACCCUAACCCCCAAUUUCGUCCAUUCCGACCAGCACCACCGGCAGCCACCAACUCCGACCACCGGCGCUUCCACCUCAAUCUCGACCUCGCACAACUUUCUCUCUCCCUCUCGCGACGCGGUUUAGAGAACCCUAGUUCGAUUCCUGUCAAUUCCGACCUCCGAUUAGCUUCUUCCGACGUCCUCUACACACGACCACCUGCUCAUCAGCGACCUUCACCACCGGCAGAAUCGCGCUUCCCUGCGACCACUUGCUCACUCUCAACCGCUCGCGACAGCUCACGCCCAGCCACCGCCGUCAACUGCUCGCCUCCGGCCAGCGCCAACACCCCUCCGUUCACCUGCUCGCCGGCGUCCACCUCCUCUGACCAACAGCGGCCACCAAGCACCUCCUUCGACAUCCACUGCCAGCGAUUUUUCUACAUAAUCAUCUUCACAGCUCGGCACCAUUUUCGGGGCAACAAGAGUAUUAACGCCCGAGCAUCCCGAUAUCCUAAGUCGACUCUCAUCAGUCGACUGAACUAA